UCCCCCCGCCCCCCUCGGCGCGGCGCUGGGAAAUGGCGGCGGAGGCGGAGCAGCGCGGGGCGAUGCGGCGGGUGCGGGUGGUGCUGGGGCACCUCGCCGGGGGCUCCUGGGGCUCCGGCCCUGUCCCCGUCCCCGGCGCGGGGCUGCGGGCGGUCCCCUGCGGGAGCCGCGCCGCGGCCGGCAGCCCCGACGACGUGGUGGUGGUGCACGGGCGGAGGACCGCCAUCGGCCGCGCCAAGCGCGGCGGCUUCAAGGACACUACACCUGACGAGCUGCUGUCCGCUGUUAUGACAGCUGUCCUUCAAGAUGUCAAGCUUCGUCCUGAGGCCCUGGGAGAUAUCUGUGUUGGAAACGUGCUGCAGCCUGGAGCUGGUGCUUUGAUUGCAAGAAUUGCACAAUUUCUAAGUGGUAUCCCGGAGACUGUACCUUGCUCGAGUGUUAACAGGCAGUGCUCCUCUGGAUUACAGGCUCUUAUCAACAUAGCUGGUGGCAUCCGAAAUGGGUCAUAUGACAUUGGCUUGGCCUGUGGUGUGGAAACGAUGUCCUUCAGAAAUGCAAACAACCCUGGUGAUAUCAGUUCUAGUAUGAUGGAAAACAGCAAAGCUCGAGAUUGCCUUAUUCCUAUGGGGAUAACCUCAGAAAAUGUGGCAGAAAAGUUUGGAGUUUCCCGAAAGAAGCAAGAUGCCUUUGCCUUGGCUUCCCAACAAAAAGCAGCAAAAGCUCAGCAGAUGGGGCUGUUUAAAACUGAGAUCGUUCCAGUGAAGACCACUGUUGUAGAUGACCAGGGCAAUCAAAAAACCAUCACCGUGCACCAAGAUGAAGGGAUUAGGCCCUCUACUACCCUGGAAGGCUUGGCAAAGCUGCAGCCUGCUUUCAAAGAGAAUGGUAGCACUACAGCAGGUAAUGCCAGCCAGAUCAGUGAUGGAGCAGCUGCAGUUCUUCUGGCAAAACGCUCGAAAGCCGCACAGUUAGGGCUCCCCGUCCUGGGGGUGCUCAAAUCCUUUGCUGUGGUAGGAGUCCCGCCUGACGUUAUGGGCAUCGGACCAGCCUACGCCAUCCCUGUUGCUGUGGAGAAGGCGGGUUUGACUCUGAAUGAUAUUGAUAUAUAUGAAAUUAAUGAAGCCUUUGCUAGCCAGGCCGUAUACUGUGUUGAAAAGCUGGGCAUUCCCAUGGAGAAGGUCAAUCCCCUGGGAGGAGCCAUAGCACUGGGGCACCCGCUGGGCUGUACCGGCGCUCGUCAAGUUGUCACUUUGCUCAAUGAAUUGAAGCGCAGAGGGAAGAGGGCAUAUGGUGUUGUAUCAAUGUGCAUUGGAACCGGCAUGGGAGCUGCAGCAGUAUUUGAGUACCCAGGGAACUAAACUCCAGUGUACUGAAGACACAAUGCAGCACCUAAUUCUCUGCCUUCUCUAGUAGUAGCAAAUGAUUUGCACUGUGAAAUCAAGCGGAUUCAGGGAUUCAUUAUUAGACCUACAAAUUUUAACCACAAAUUAAGUGGAAUAAAUUAUACAUAUUUUGAUCUGGCAUUUGCUUCAGAGUCCAAAUGCAUCCUAACAUGAGAAAAGAAAUGUGUUCAGCUGAACUUCAAAUACAGGCCCAGCUGUGAUGCUUAUGAAUGAAUAUUUCUAAUCUGCUUGAUCCCUUUAUUCUGUGAAUAUUAUCAGAGAGUAGUAGUUCAGCAGAGUCGUCUUGUUUGACAAAUUUUCUACAACUGUCACUUAAAAUGAAAAUGUCAGUGUACAUGAUAUGGCUUUUCCAGGAUUUUCUUAAAGAUCUUUGUAAGAAUCAGUCUUGUAAGAGUUCUAGAAAGGCUUAUUUUUUGUAAGCAGUGCGAAGAUGUGCAACAUCAUUUCCUUCAUAACUACAUCUGUUCUAUUCAAGUUGUAAGUUGGCUAUGUCUUAAAUUGUCCAGAUGCUGAAGGGUGUGCUUUAGCAGUCUAACCUUUUCUUUUUCUUUUUUUUUCUUUUAACCAAACUGGUGUGAAAUCUCCAGUGCGGCAGAAUGGAAGGACUAGCAAGUAGUAUGUUCAUGAGCCAGGCUUCCCCUGUUAGACAAACCAUUGGGGUGCCUGAGUAGGAAAGGUUUGAUAAAUUGCUAGAAGCUAGGAAUUUCAACAUGGUCAUUCUAUCUUUUACAAUGUUUUUGCAAGAGCUUGUGUGAUCCUAACUUAGAAGACAAAAUUAUGUUUAAUGAUAUUUAAUUACCUAAAUAGAACAGAUUUCAGCAUAUCACUCUUGCUGCAAGCACUACAUGACCAUCAGCGACAUGCUUAGUGCUUCAGUGCCGGUGCAAAUGUAUACCUUUCGUACUGUAAAAGUCUCCCAUAUGUGUUCUCUCUCUUAUGAGCAGAAAGAUCAUUAAGAUUCAGAGCUAACUGCUUGAAAAAGAAAUGUACUCAUUGUCUUUGACAUGUUAGAAAAUUUUAAAUUUGUAACACAGACUAAAGUACUUUGUCCUGGCUUUUGUUUUUGCGCUUAAUAAUACAAUCGGGUUCUUGCAAUAUGUUGUAUUCUUUUCAUUAUGAUUGUUAGUUGAAGGUUAUGAUUAAGUAAAGCUGUUUUAUAUUCUCA